CCUCCAGCCCUAUAAGAGUGCAGGGACCUCUUGAAGCAAAGACCAGAAGAGAUGGAGCUGGACAGAGCUGUGAGGGUCCUGGGCCCUGCCACCCUGCUGCUCACUUUCCUGGGCUUGGCCUGGGCUGUCCAGGCGGCAGACACCUGUCCAGAGGUGAAGGUGGUGGGCCUGGAGGGCUCUGACAAGCUCACCAUUCUCCGAGGCUGCCCGGGGCUGCCCGGGGCCCCUGGGCCUAAGGGAGAGGCAGGCACCAAUGGAAAGAGAGGAGAACGCGGCCCCCCUGGACCUCCUGGGAAGGCAGGACCACCUGGGUCCAAGG